UCGUCGCAGAGUAAUCCCCGUUCGCUUUCGUUCCGGCGCCCGACGGGGGGAAACAAAUAUCAGAAAUAUCCGAGCUCAUCUGGACAAGUCACAAUGAACAACGUAUUUACGCGGCAAGGGCGGUGGAGAGAAUGAAUCAAAGCUCUGCAAGAGGACAAGUGAGCGUUAUCCAUCUGCGUUGAGGCAAGAGUCCGGAGCUCUCGGAUGACACCGCUGGUGAUUCUGCGGAGGUGAAAUGCCUCUACACAGUGCUGAAAAGAGCCGGCUUUCUCUGGAGCAGGAGCCAUUGACUUUGCGCGAGAUAAGGCCUGUUUGUUCCUCGCGUCUCGGCUCUCUGGGAGAAGAGAGGAGAGGAGAGAAAAGAGUGGAUCAAACGAACGGUUCCUCUUCGAUCGAGCUGUGUCGGUUCUCUCCUUUUCUCCUCCGAAGGUCUGGUUUUUAGCUCGCUUUUUCUCGCCAAGAUGAAGGUGCAAAAGGUGUGGAGCAGCUUCAAGAGAUACCAGAAGCUAGCCUCCCUGGAGAGGGCGCAUUCCUUUCCCGGCCGCUGCUUUCCGAGCUCCAGAAUUUAUGACGACUCCGACUCCGAGGAUUGCCGCUCCAGGGACGUUCAGCAAGGCUACCUGGCUGUCUACGUUGGCCCGGAGCGCCUCCGGUUCCUCCUCAAGACGCAGUACUUGAAUCACCGACUCUUCCGUGAGCUGCUAGAGAAGGCGGAGGAGGAGUUUGGACACCAUCACAAUGGGGGGCUCACUAUCCACUGCGAAGUCGAGGUGUUUGAGGAUCUCUUGUGGAGAGUUGCAAGCGGCGAAACAGCUGCUCCUCCUGGUCCUCGUCCUCCUUCACCGCCUCACAGCUUGACACUCCUCAGCGUCCAAAGCGGCUAGAGGAAGAAGAUCGAUGCGAAGCAAUCAAAUCUCCCGGCAACUUCUCUGGAAUUCGGCUCAAACAGAGGCAUUUUUGAUACCGAGUUUUUGCAGGGAGAAGAAUCAAAAUCAAGAGAGGUGUUUGUAACACCAGAAGCUGUUGAGUGUGAGUGGAUUGCUUGUAAAAAUUAAGAUGCCAUCGCUCCAAUACGACGAGGUGUUUCACUAUUGCGU